AUGGAUGCUGUACUGAUGAAGGGGCCUUAUACUCUUAGAAAUAUCUCGAUGCUCCUAAAAGAAUGGAAACCUGGGUUUGACCUUCAGCAGGAUUUAUUACGGACUCUCCCCCUUUGGAUUAAGCUCCCCCAACUUCCGCUUCACUUAUGGGGUGCAAGGAGUUUAAGCAAGAUUGGCAGUGCUAUAGGAGUACCAUUGGUCACGGACGAAUGCACGACGAGCAAAUUGCGCGUAUCCUAUGCCCGAAUUCUGGUAGAGGUUGAUAUCACAAAAGCACUCACACAUGAAAUCUCCAUUAAAGAUUGUGAAGGUAUAAAGCUAGCUCAGAAAGUGGAAUAUGAAUGGCGGCCCCUGUACUGUGAUCAAUGUCAGAAAAUUGGCCAUAAUUGCAAGACAAAGAGGAAGGAAAAGGAGAAACAAUGGAUACCGAAACCUAAACCUCAGGAGAAUCAGCUGGAGAAGGAAGGUAAUGAGGGUGUUCCUGAGGUUCAAAAACCGAAUCAUGAGAAUGAAGAGGUGGAAGAGACUUGGACUACAGUGGCUACCUCAAAGAGAGAAAAAGAAACGAGAGUUAAAAAAGAGAAAGCCGUCUUGAUUAGAGAUAAACUUGGUCUUUAUCAACAUUAUGUGGAUAACUACAAUCAUCAUGUAAAUGGAAGAAUUUGGAUCACUUGGGAUGAAAGUAAGUAUAAGCUGCAGCUUGUUUCGAGUUCAGACCAGUAUGUGCAUUGUGGAGUUUAUGACAAGAUGGGUAGUUUCAAGUUUUGGCUGACUGGUAUUUAUGCCCUGAACCAACUUGAUAAGAGGAAAGUCUUAUGGAAGAACAUGAUAACUCUUCACCAAACUAUUAGAGGGCCUUGGUUUGCUAUGGGCGAUUUUAAUAAUGUGGCAGGGGCACUUGACAGAAUCGGAGGGAACAUGGUUGUUGAAUAUGAGUAUAAAGAUUUCCAGGAUAUGAUGUCCAUUACAAGUUUGAGUGAAAUGGAUAGUGUAGGGGAUUUCUACACUUGGAAUAAUAAACAUGUUACAAGGGUUAUUUACUCUAGAAUUGAUAGAGUAUUGCGAAAUAUUGACUGGUUCCAAGCUAAUACUAAUACAAUUUUGAAGAUUCUCCCACCUAGUGUAUCAGAUCAUGCACUUUUGUGUGUUGAAGAUAAUAUGAAUAAAGAUAUCAGAUCUCGCAGGUUUAAGUUUUAUAACUAUCUGACUGAGAUACCUGGGUUUGAAGAGGUGGUUAAACAGAGUUGGAGUCAGCCCAUACAGGGGGAGCCCAUGUUUGUUAUAUGGAGGAAAUUACAAAGACUGAAACCUGACUUAACAAAGCUCAGCAGAAGUCGAUCUAGUAUAAAUGAGGAGCUUACCAAAGCAAGAACAGAGCUGACAGUAGCACAGGAAAGCUUGGUAUCUAACAGGAUGGAUGCUACGGCCAUUGAAAAAGUUAAAAUGCUAACUACGAAAGUGAUCGAAUGGAAUGAGCUAGAAGAGAGCAUGAUGCGGCAGAGAACCAAAAUUGAUUGGUUAAGAAUGCAAGAUGGUAAUAACGCCUACUUUUAUGCCACAUUAAAAAUCAAGUCCCAGCAUAGAAGUCUGAAUGUUCUACACCAAGAUGAUGGUACUGUUUUGAAUGGUAAGGAUGAAAUCCACCAGGAGGUGUUGAAGUAUUAUAGAAGUAUUAUGGGUACUAAAGUCCCAACACUUAAACAUGUGGACAUUGAUAUCUUGAGAAAGGGAAAGCAAAUUACAAGGGCUCAGGGUGACAGUCUUAUUGCACGAGUUACAGAGGAGGAAAUCCGGAUUGCUUUAAAAGGUAUUGGAGAUUUGAAAGCACCUGGCAUUGACGGAUAUGGAGCAAAAUUUUUCAAAUCAUGUUGGCAUUUUAUUAAGGAUGAUGUUGUGGCUGCAGCCCAGGUAUUCUUUGAAAAAUGCAUUCUCUUUAGGGCUUUUAAUGGCACGGUAGUCACUCUUAUCCCAAAGACCGAGCAAGCUAAAACAGUGAAAGAGUAUAGACCAAUUGCGGGCUGUACUACUUUCUACAAAAUCUUAUCAAAAGUCUUGACUAAUAGAUUGGGAAAGAUUCUGCCAGACAUUAUUCAUCAGAGCCAAGCAACAUUUAUACCAGGCCAAGUCAUUCAUAAUCACAUACUUCUUGCUUUUGAAUUAAUGAAGGGUUAUACUAGAAAAGGUGGAACAUCGAGAUGCAUGCUGCAAAUUGAUUUCCAGAAGGCAUACGAUAUGGUUGAUUGGAAUGCUCUUGAAUGUAUUCUUUGCGAGAUCGGGAUGCCUAGAAAAUUUGUUAGCUGGAUCAUGUGUAUGCUUACAACUGUCAGUUACAGAUUUAAUGUGAAUGGAGAGUAUACUGAUUUAUUGCAAGCAAGGAGGGGGCUUAGGCAAGGUGAUCCAAUUUCACCUCUGCUGUUUGUUAUUUUGAUGGAAUACCUGAAUAGAACUAUGGUUAAUAUGCAGAGGAGAAAGGAGUUCAAGCACCAUAGCAAAUGUAAAAGAUUGGCUAUAACCCAUUUGUCGUUUGCUGAUGACGCUCUUUUGUGGGGGCAUGGAGCAGGAUGUGAUAGGUGCUAUCUAGAGCUUAACUGGCUUCACUCUGGGUCUUUCAUAUGGACAGGAAAAGCAGAGGUGAGCCGUAAAAGCCUUGUGGCAUGGAAGAAAACUUGCAGCCCCAUACACCAAGGUGGAUUGAACAUUAUCAAUUUGGAAGUUUGGAACUCUGUUGCCUUAUUGAAAUGUUUAUGGAACUUGUGCAAGAAGACCGAUGCAUUGUGGGUGAAAUGGGUACACACUUACUACUUAAAGGGUAAUUUGGUGGAAACUAUCAAUUGUCCAAACUCGUGCUCAUGGAUACUUAAGACUAUAUUCAACAAAAGAUCCCUUAUUCCUCUUAUUCAACAGUAUUGGAAUAACAUGCUCACCAAGGAUCGUUUUGUGAUGAAGGAAAUUUAUCUUAGACUUAUUGAUGAUCAAAAUAGAGUUGAGUGGCGAAAUCUUAUGAGAAACAACUAUGCUAGACCACGGGCCCUCUUCACAUUGUGGCUCAGCUGUCAUAGCAGGCUGCCAACUAUGGAUAGGUUGAGUAAAUUGGGUAUGAUUCAGAACUUGCAGUGUGUGUUGUGCGUGAAUGCAGUAGAAAGCCACGACCAUCUAUUUUUUGAAUGUUGCUUUACAAAGAAUGUGUGGGCUGGUAUUUUAAAUUGGCUUGGUAUUCCUCAUACUCCGCUGAUCUGGAGGGAUGAGUUGAAGUGGCUUAUUAGUAAUACAAAGGGUAAGGGAUGGAAACAUGGGAUGCUCAAAAUGGCGCUGGCAGAGACUCUCUAUUUUGUUUGGCAGUACCGGAACCGAGUGGUUUUCCAACAGAAGAACACCAGCAAUACCAUAGUAAACAACAUAAUUUAUACUAUAGUGUAUAGGGGCUGGAUGAGGCCAAAGUAUAGGAUACACAUAGCUAAUCUCAUGAUGUGA